AUGCUCGCUCCCCGGCAGCGCGGCUCCGGCAGAUGCGCGGGUGCCUCUCGGCGCGCCCCCCCGGCGGCGCUCAGCCCCGGGGCUGCGGGGGAGGCCGGCCCCUGCGCGGGGAGGCAGGAGCCGCCGCCAGCCCCUCCCCGCCGCGGACCGGAGAAGAGAUGCCCAACUUUGCGGUGCGCGGCCGGCGGCGCGGAGCGCGGGGGGGCGGCGGCGGGGCCGGAGCGCGGCGCAGCGGGCAGCGGGGGGGCCCCGUCGCCGCCCCCGGCCCGGCCCCGCGCUGAGCCCCGCACGGCCGCCGCCGCCCCCCGGGGCCGCCGCUCGCCUCGCAGAGAUGCCCCGGACGGUGCUGCUGCUCUGCCUGGCCCUCGGGCCGGUCCUGCGCGCCAGGUGAGUACCCCCCCACCACCACCCUCGCCCACCGGGACGCCCCCUCCUCGCCUCCUCGCCUCAGUUUACCCGUCGGGGCAAUGGGAGGGGAGGGGGUUGGAGUCGCAGCGUUUCUCCCCAAGCUCGCUAGCCCGGCUCCAGAGGGGAUUUGGCACCUCCGUGCCCCCCGGCUGCUCCUUCCAGCGGGUCCCGUCGCGGCAGCCCCGAGUGCCCGCAUGUCCUCCGCACCCCGGGCUCCCGCUCCGCAUGCCGGAAUGGAGAGCACAGCCCGGUUUCCGCCCUGCCAUCACCCCGCUGGCUGAUCCUGCCGGGGGCCGAGCCCCUUCGGGGGUGCCCGGAGCAGGACCGGAGCGAGCUGGGCGCCUCCGCGAGCUCAAUCCACCACCGGGGCAUUUCCACGUGGAGUCGGGCUGGCUGGGAAGGAGCUCGGGUCCCCUUCCUCGCACUCCAUCCCGGGACCCCGAAGCCCCCGCAGGGUGUGAGAGCACAGAGGAAUACGAUUACGAUUACCUCAGCAUCAAUAAAACCUGGGUCCUCACGCCCAAGGCACAGGAGACCGAUGCCACACAGAUCCUCAACUCGCUGCUCAAGAACUAUGACAACAAGCUGAGGCCUGACAUUGGCAUCAAGCCCACCUUCAUUGAUGUGGAUAUCUACGUGAACAGCAUCGGGCCGGUGUCUGUCAUCCAGAUGGAAUACACCAUUGACAUCUUCUUUGCCCAGACGUGGUACGACCGGCGCCUGCGGUUCAACAGCACGCUGAAGGCUCUGACACUGAACACCAACAUGGUGAGCCGCAUCUGGAUCCCUGACACCUUCUUCAGGAACUCCAAACGGGCUGAUUCCCACUGGAUAACCACUCCCAAUCAGCUCCUCCGCAUCUGGAAUGAUGGAAAAGUGCUCUACACUCUCAGGCUGACAAUUGAGGCUGAAUGUCUGCUCCAGCUGCAGAAUUUCCCAAUGGACACUCACUCCUGCCCUUUGGUUUUUUCCAGUUGGAAUCCAAACAAAAGGCACCAAAACACUGCUGAAGGGCUGCUGUUUGCAGAGCAGCUCUGGUGAGAUGCCCGUGCUUCUGCAGCCAGGGGGGUGCCCAGGGUGGGGGUAGGUGGCAUUCUGUUGCUCUGAUGGAUUUUCCCAGAUGGAUACCCUCGGGAGGAGAUCGUCUAUCGCUGGAGACGCUACUCCAUCGAGGUGUCUGACCAGCGCACCUGGAGGCUCUACCAGUUCGACUUCACGGGGCUGAGGAACACCUCAGAAGUCCUCAGGACUGGGGCAGGGGAGUACAUGGUGAUGACAGUUUCUUUUGACCUGAGCAGACGUAUGGGUUACUUUGCCAUUCAGACCUACAUUCCCUGCAUCCUGACUGUUGUUCUUUCCUGGGUUUCCUUCUGGAUCAAGAGAGACUCUACACCAGCCAGGACAUCUCUGGGUAUCACGACUGUGCUCACCAUGACCACCCUGAGCACCAUCUCCCGCAAGCACCUGCCCCGUGUUUCCUACAUCACAGCCAUGGACCUCUUUGUCUCCGUCUGCUUCAUCUUCGUCUUUGCCGCUCUCAUGGAGUACGCCACGCUCAACUACCUGGUGGGAAACAAGAAACCACUGGAGCACAGCCACAGGAAAGCCAGGCUGCCACCUGCCGGCGCACAGGUGAUGCCAACCUACACCGCCAUCAACAUCAACCACAUCAUGCACUGGCCCCCGGAGAUAGAGGAGGAUGAGGAUGACGAGCCCGGCUCCCCGUGCCUGGAGGGGAAGGAGUGUGAGAGGUUCUUCUGCUGCAUCGAGGACUGUCAGACGGGGAUGUGGCGGGAGGGGCGGGUCCGCAUCCACAUCUCCCGCCUGGACUCCUACUCCCGCGUCUUCUUCCCCACCGCCUUCCUGCUCUUCAACAUCGUCUACUGGAUUGCCUAUCUCUAUCUCUAGCCCUUCUUUGAGCUCAGCUGGAAUGGGCAGGGCACCAGCAAGAGGGGCUUCUCGAGGAGCAUAGAGAACAGCAUCUCUCCUGGUGUAGUCAGCUGUCAGUCUGAGCAACCCAACCUGGUGAUUCCCUCCUCCUGCUCUCUCAUCUCUUCUGAGAAGAACCAAACAGCUUUUUUUUUUAGCCUUCUAACAUAUCUUUUUAGAGAAUCUACCCUUCCCCAGACAGCCCUCUCUCCAACACCACCAGCAUUGUACUCCUUGUAAGAUUACCCAAAAACAUCCUAUUCCCAUCUCAAGCAUUAGGGAUUUUGUCAAAAAAAAAAAAAAAACCCUUAAUGAAUUUCAUUUUUCCAUCCAGUCCUACUCCGAAAUUUCAAGGCAAGCGAUGGCAAAUGGAGUUUCCUGCAUAGUUAUAAAGACUGCAAAGGAAAUCAAAUACAUCUUACAACUUCUGCGCCACUUCCACCAGAAGAGACUUUGUGGGGGGCCAGAAGCUCGGAAAGGUCAGAAGGAAACAGUGUGGGCAAGGACAGCAGUGCAGCUCUCCCACAGUAGCUGGGCUUGGCUGAAACGUUCUGGGCCUGCCCAGACAUCUGAUGGUGGCACUGACGAGGAUGGAGUUGCUGCAAGCCUCCCCCAGCUCCCCGCAGAGCAUCUCUGAAGCAUUCCUCACGGAUCACUCCAGGACACCCUCCCACUGAGGCACUGCUGAUUCCCACCCCACGGUGAUGAAAAGCACUUCCAGGCUGGAAGGGCCCACCUGCCUCACUGGAGCAGGCUCUCCAGGGCCCACGGUGACAUUUCUGCGGUGUGACCAGGACUCAGAGCGGGCUUUGCAGCUGGGCAUAGCCAAAAGAGGGGGGAAGUCCUUGUGAGAAGGGCCAGAAGAAGCCUCCUGAGCCUGUAGUGAGGUAGCUCUCUUUGGGCUGUGUCAGAUGGGCUGUGAAUCACAAAGGGGCAGUGCUGUCCCCUGCAGUGACACUCGCUGAUGCCAUCAGAUCUGUGCUGGGUGGUCGGUGCCAACCUGAGGAAGGGGUAUAGGAAAGGGAACACACAGCUCCCAGUGCAUUCCUGCAGCUCAGAUGUGUUCCCUUCUUUAUUUUUUUUUCAUAACUGCAUAAAACAAGAGUUUUCUCUCUAACUGGAUGACCCCUCCCAGUUGCCAUCAUCAUUUGGCCUGUUUCCUCAUAAAAUCAGGAAGUGGAGUGAGUUGUCCUUGAUGGAUUUUAAGAAGGACAAGCAUAGUGAGAUGGUCCCAUCUGAAAGAGACGGAGAAAUGCAUUACACAGUUUCAGCUGGGGAGAAACUGCAUAAUAAAGAAGAGGAAACCCAGGCCCGAGGUCCAUAAUGUGUCACCUGGCUGCCUCCCCAUUUACACCAGCUGCUGAUGUGGCCCACAGCAUGAUUGUGAAAAGCAGUGGGCCAUUAAUAGUUACUUACUGUGUACAUUAGAAACAAAAAGAAUCUUUUUUUAAAAACAGCAUGUUUUAGGAAAAAAAUUAGGACUUAAAAGGCUUGUCAGGAGAAGGAAGCCAGCAUGGCUGUAGAGGAAAAGUUAGGAAAGACUGGCUCCCAGGACAGCUAACAGGGGCAGGAGGUUUUAUAUAUUCUUGGAGAGCAAUUUGGUCUGGUUUUAAGACAGAUUUUGACACUGUUAAAUCUGAUCUGAAUAAUGAAGUGUCAUGUUUAAUUCAUUCACAAAUGCAGCCUUACCUGGGUUCCAGAUGAACAGCUAGAGCAUCUUAUUAAGUAUACAAUAGUACAACACUCAGCUAAGUAUAACCUAAUGGGGUCAGACCAGCAGAGCUCUGAAAGGGGAAAUUGUGCCUGUCUAACCUGUUACAGUUCUUUUAAAAUACCAAGGAAGAGAUAAAGGUUACUCAGAAGCAUAAUUUGCUUAGCUACUCCGACAGCUUUUGAAAGGGAGGAAAGAAAUUGUGGCGGGCGGUUCUAACUGAGGAAAUUGAUUUAGCAAAAGAAUUAUUAAGGAGGUUCUAAUUAGAGGAAAUUAACUGAGGAGAGGGGGGGAAAAAAGAAUUGUUAAGGAGGCUCUAAUUAGAGGAAAUUAAUGUUUUAGAGAGAAAGACACAGAGAGGGAGAAGUCUAAGAAAAGAAUCAAAACAACUUGCAGACAAGGGAAGCUGCUGGGUGACAGUGCCGACUCCCAGCCAAGCUGGAUGAUGUUCUGCUCCCAGUAGCAAAGCGUUAUUAGAUGUAGCAACAGAAAAACCUCCUAUGACUCAGCCCUACACAGACAGGGAGCUGGAUUAAACAGGGUCCUGUGAUCUCCUUGGGGAGCCAAAAGGAAAGAGCAUCCCAGAGUGAAACUGGCUGGCACGCCAGGCUCUGAGUGAAGCGCGUCCUCGCAUUUGGGCAGGCAGCUGUCGGGGCUGUGUGGGAGGGGACGCCCCGUGGCAAACCGGGGUCUGUGCCAGAUCCCUCCUCAACAGGAUGGUGGCUUGAACGGUGUGCAGGCACUGGAGGCUGCACUGAGCACAGGGAGCAAAGUGGGGAAGGGAAAAAUCAGCAGCCCUGUGCCAUGGAGCCCGAGCAGCUGCAGUUUGCUGUAGCUUCAAAGCUCUUGGUGAGCACAAAUGAUUGUCACGGGCACUGGAGAACAGACCUCAGCCCUGAGAGCAGCAACUUGUUGAAAUUAGACCUUUUAUAAAAUCAGACAGGAGAGAAACGGGGUGUACAAAAACCGAAGAGGACGAAGUAGACUUGAAAGAUUGUAAGAUUUCACCAAAAAAAGAUAAAGCCAACACACACCUAGGUAAUUGAACCAAUGAUGGAGGAUUUGACAGAGGAAAAUAGUCUAGCGUGGGCUGGAGCACAAGGAAGCUGAUUACUAAGGCUGGGAAGGAGGAGGGAGGGGGCUUUUUGGCUUAGGGAAGUCUGUGCCCAUCAUCCAUAGCACAAUAAAUAAAGGCAUGCACAAAUUCAAUCAUGCUUUUAAUUUUCUAUAGUAUCAAAAAAAAAAAAAAAAGGAAA